AUGGAUUUUGAGGCAUCUGAUAAGCUGAAAAUUUGUGAUGGUAGUUAUGAUGAUGGAAACUUACAUGAUAAAUCGCUCGCAUUAUGUGCGAAAACUACGCUGUGUUCAUAUGUGAAGGAAUGUGAUUCUAGUGAAGAUUUUUGUAUUGAAGAUUUUGAAGAUAAUGAUGAUGAUAAUGAUGAUAAUGAUGAUAAUAAUGAUGAUGAUGAUGAUACUUUGCUGGCGAGGUUUACUCCGAUUUCGAGUUUGGGAACAUGUAGUGGUGAAGUUAAGGAUUCUGUUAAGAAGAGGCUGUUUGAUAACAGUGGUUCCUUGCAUAUUUCUGUUAAGAAAUCAAAGGUGUCGUUGUGUGAUGAUCGUGAUGAAUAUGAAGAUGAAGAUGGUGAACUGUCGUCGGAUAGAGCUAAAAGUCUGGGAAAAUCAGUUGAUAGAUCAUUUUCCUCGUUGAAGAACGAACUUGAGUUUGUUGAAAAAUCAUUUGAGGAAUGUAAAAGGAAGAGGAGGAAAGAAGAGAAGAGAUUGGAGUCUGUAAAGAGAGAGAUUGAGGAGUGUAGCAGAGAGCUUGGAAAUAAGAAGGUGCAAGUUAGUUGUGUUAGAAAAAUUAAAGAAGUUCACAGCAAACUGCAGGGGAAAAUUGAAGAAUGUGUCAAUGAUUUUGUACUGAAGGAAAUACAGCUUCAUUUGAUGGAGUGUGUGAUUGAAGAGCACAAGCAAGAGCUCAAGAAGAAAGAGACGGAACUUCAUCAAGCUAAGGAAAUUAUUUCAAAAGAAGUAGAAAUUCGUCAAGUCAUUGAUGAGGACCGUGGACAGGAGAAAGAGGAACUUGAGGCUCUUUCCCAAAAAAUUGCUGAAUGUAUUGUGGAACGUGAGACCAAAGAGAAGGAGCUUGAUGCAAUGAAAAUAUCGACUGACGAACAAGUGGAAAUAUUAGAGUCUGAAAGGAAAAAGUUACUGAAGGUAAUUUCAGUAAGGAAUAAUUGCCAAAUUCAAAUGAAGGAGUUUGAGUCAAUGAAGAAGCGGUUUGAAGAUGAGGUUAAGGAACUUGAGUCCACAGAGCAGCAAUGUAAAAGACGGGUGGAGGUGCUUCGGUCAAAGGAGGGGCACUUAGACGUACGAGUAAAGGCAUUAGAAUCAAGAGAAAAGCAGUUUGAAGGACAUGUGAAGCAGUUUGAAUCUAAGGUUGAGGAACUUGAAGGUCGUAUGAAGGAGCUUGAAACAGAAAAGAAGGAAUUUGAAAACUGGGGGAAGGAACUUGCAUCGAAAGAGAAGCAAGUUGAAGGAAGAGCAAGGGAGCUAGAGUCAAAAGAGAUGAAAGUUGAAGAGUGGGUGAUAGAGGUUGUAUCUAAGGAAGAGAAAUUUGAAGGCCAAGAGAAGGAGUUGGUAUCAAAACAGAAGCAUUUUGAAAUCCGAACAGAGGAGCUUGACUCGAAAGAGAGGCAACUUGAAAGCCAGUUGAAGGAGCAUGAAUUAAAAGAGAGAGAGCUUGAAGGCCAAAUGAAGGAACUGGAAUCUAAGAAGGCGCGUUUUGAAAGACAAGUCAAUGAGUUAGAGUCAAGAGAGAACCAAUUUGUAGGACAAUUAAAGGAGUUUGAAUCCAAAAAGAAGGAAUUUGAAGUCAACCUGAAUGAGUUGGUAAAGGAACUGGUAUCAAAACAGAAGCAUUAUGAUAAUCGAACCAAGGGGCUUGAAUCUAAAGAGAAACAACUUGAAGACCGAGUAAAGGAACAUGAAUCAAAAGAGAGGGACUUUGAAGACCGGAUGAAGGAGUUGGAAACCAAAAAGAAGCAUUUUGAAAUCCAAGUGGAGGAGCUUAAAUCAAAAGAGACACAAGGACAAGUGAAGGAUCUGGAAUCAGAAAAUAAGCAAUUUAAGAGCCGGGUGAAGGCGCUCGAAUGCAAAGAAAAGCAAUUCGAGAAACAAAUGAAGACGCUUCAAUUAAAAGAGGCAGAAUUUGAAAGGCAAGUCAAGGAAUUUCAAUCAAAGGAGAAAUUUGAAGGACAAGUCAAUGGUCUUGAGUCAAAGCUAAAUAAAUUUAGGGGAAAACUUAAGGAGCCUGAGCUGACAAAGAAACAACAUGAACCUUUGUUAAAACAUUUUGAUAGGGGAAAAGAACCAGCUGUAUCUUUCAUGGAUUAUCAAUUAAGUCCUACUAUGGAUGAAACAGGCUUGCAGUUGGACAAAAAUGAGAAAACUGAUGGAGUUGAGUCACUUUGCAAUGACAUUUUAGUUUAUCUGCAAGAGUUAUCAGAUCCGUCAAGAACUGUUUUGAAUAUAUUACAGAACCCUAAUGUUCCACGGUGUAGAGAGGGAGAUAAUGAUGUGAUUAUUGAUGACAGCUGCAUCUGUUUGCUAGAGCAACUGAUGAAAAUCUCACCAGAUGUUAAAGCUUGUGUUAGAGAAGAAGCAUUGAAGCUAGUGCUUGAUUUGAAAGCUAACAUGAAAGGAAAUACGGAAAAUUCUUUGGUGAUUCUUGGGUUUCUACUGAUUUUAUCAAUUUAUGGAUUGCUUGCUUUUUUCAAUGAACAUGAAGUUUUGGAGCUCUUUGCAUUUGUUGCUCAUCACAAGAUAGCUAUGAAGCUGUUUGAGACUCUGGGUUUUGCAAAUAAAGUUUAUGACUUUGUUGAAAAUCUUAUCAGGAGGAAGCAAUUUGUUGUAGCUGCUAGAUUCAGUUGUGCAUAUAAAUUGGCUGACAAGAAUCAAUUAGUUAAUAUGUUGCGGGAACACGUCCGGAAUGCAAAACUAAUUUGUGAGAGCAGUUGUGAAAAAACCAACUCCAUUGAAAUCAAGGAUAACGUCAGAGAUCAGGAAAUUACUAGUCUGGAAACUGUUCUACAAUGCAUUUCAGAUAACAAGAGUCUAGAAUCUGAGGAUCUGCUCGACAAAAUUCGCAAUCGGAUUCUUGAGCUAAAAGCACAUAAAGGCAAAUAG